GCGCAACCAAGAGAGACGCGCCUGCUAAGUCCUGCCUGGAGUUUGGCUGCUUCCAGGAGCUCCACGGCGGCGGCGGCAGCAGCAGCGGAGCCAGAAGGAGGAGCCAGAGGCACGGCCGCUUGCAGCAGCGGGGCCAGCAGCUGCCCCGCUCCCGGUGGCGGCUCCCCGCACACCCUGCUGCCCUACGGAGCGCGAUGGGACGGUGCAACGAGACGGGAGCUCCUGCCCGCCGAGAAAAAUGACUCUUUGCUAAACAGAAAAAAAUCAUGAACAAAUAAAACCUCUACAAGCAAGUUCUCCAUUGACGAGGAGGCCAAACCGGAGUGCUUUAUAAUGGGCACCACAAAUGAGGAGAUGGUCUCAGUGGAGCAGAACUUGAACCCUCUGUGCUUUGAAUGUGGCCAACAGCAUUGGACAAGGGAGAACCACUUGUACAAUUAUCAGAACGAUGUAGACGAUGACUUGGUCUGCCAUAUUUGCCUUCAGCCCUUGCUACAGCCAUUAGACACCCCUUGCGGCCACACAUUCUGCUAUAAGUGCCUACGGAACUUCCUGCAGGAGAAGGAUUUCUGCCCUCUGGACCGCAAACGGCUCCAUUUUAAGUUGUGCAAAAAAUCCAGUAUCCUCGUCCACAAACUGCUUGACAAACUCUUGGUGUUGUGCCCCUUUUCUUCAGCGUGCGAGGAAGUGAUGCAGCGGUGUGACCUGGAAGCACACCUCAAAAACAGGUGUCCUGGGGCUUCCCACCGAAGAGCUGCCUUGGAGAGAAGAAAAAACAGCAAAUUGCAGGCAGACGCGGAGAGCGAGAAUGAGAACAGCAUGAUAGAUCGCCCAGGUUCUCAGUCUCCUGACACAGAGCAUUCUGGGACAGGAACAGCACCAGCAGAGCAGAACAUUACAUCAGCAACUGUCCCUGUGUGGACAGAUGAGUCUGGCCUUGACAACCCUGCCUUUGAGGAGAACACAGGAGCUGACACAACCCAUCAGCCGCCGAGUUUGCCGGAAGGUGAGAUCACCACCAUAGAAAUCCAUCGGUCCAAUCCUUAUAUCGAGCUGGGAAUUAGCAUAGUGGGUGGCAAUGAAACACCUUUGAUCAACAUUGUUAUUCAAGAGGUUUAUCGAGAUGGGAUCAUUGCCAGAGAUGGAAGACUCCUUGCUGGAGAUCAAAUACUGCAAGUCAAUAACUUUGAUAUCAGCAACGUGUCCCACAACCAUGCCAGGGCCAUCCUUUCCCAGCCUUGCACGGCGCUGCACCUGACCGUGCUCCGAGAGAGACGCUUUGGGAGCCGAACUCACAACCACAGUGACAGCCCCCCACAGCGAGAGGAUAGUUUCCACGUGACCCUGCACAAGCGCGACUCCAACGAGCAACUCGGCAUCAAGCUGGUGCGCAGAACGGAUGAGCCUGGGGUUUUCAUCCUUGACCUUUUGGAAGGCGGCUUGGCUGCUCAGGACGGCCGGCUCUGUAGCAACGACAAAGUGUUGGCUAUCAAUGGGCACGACCUGAAGCAUGGCACCCCAGAACUGGCUGCUCAGAUUAUCCAGGCCAGCGGCGAGAGGGUGAGCCUAGCCAUUUCCAGGCCUGCCAAGUCACAGAUCGUGAGCAUUCUCAGAGAUGGAGGGCUUCACCCCAUCAGCCAACACCAGUCUCAUUCGCUGUAUCACAGUAACAGGCCCAGCCCACAUAAGGACCUUUCCCAAUGCGUUACUUGCCAAGAGAAGCAUAUCACGGUGAAGAAAGAGCCCCACGAGUCCCUUGGCAUGACAGUAGCGGGAGGCCGAGGAAGCAAGAGUGGGGAGUUGCCAAUAUUCGUCACGAGUGUGCAACCUCAAGGCUGCUUGGCAAGAGACGGCAGGAUCAAAAGAGGCGAUGUGCUGAUGAAUAUUAACGGCAUUGAUCUGACCAACCUAAGCCACAGUGAGGCAGUGGCCAUGCUGAAAGCCAGUGCUGCCUCUUCCGUCGUUGCCCUCAAAGCUUUGGAGGUCCAGAUCGCUGAAGAACAGCCCCAGGCCAAUGAUGAGCAGCCCAGCACCAUCAGUGAGAACGAAUAUGAUGCAAGUUGGUCCCCAUCAUGGGUUAUGUGGCUGGGGCUUCCCAGCUGCCUGCAUAGUUGCCAUGAUGUGGUGCUACGGAGGAGCAAUUUAGCAAGCUGGGGCUUUAGCAUUGUCGGCGGCUAUGAGGAAAAUCACACAAAUCAGCCUUUCUUCAUAAAAACAAUUGUCCUGGGAACACCAGCGUAUUUCGACGGAAGACUCAAAUGCGGUGAUAUGAUUGUUGCGGUCAAUGGACUUUCAACCGUGGGCAUGAGCCACUCAGCACUGGUUCCUAUGCUGAAGGAACAGAGGAACAAAGUAACAUUGACAGUUAUCUGCUGGCCAGGAAGUCUUGUAUAGACUUGCAAGAAAAAGGAAAACAAAAGGAAAACAAACACCACUUUGAUUCAAGCAGCUUAAUUUUUCUAGAUGGCUGGUUCAAAAUCUUCAAGCUGUGUUUUCUCCCCCCCCCCCCUUUUUCUACUACUUAUGCAGCUGGUAAUAAGCUGGGCCAAAAACUGCUACAUUCAUACCUUGCGGGGGAGCUAGGGAUGGGAAAGGAAGACUCAACCUCACUGUGUGUCUCUUUCCAUCUCAAAAGCACCAUUUCUGCCAUUUUUGUUGUGUUUUUGCUUUGCUUUGUUUUUCCACAAGUUGUCCCAUCCAAGCAUCCACGUGCACAACACACUUAAGGGGAGGCAUACGCAAACUCGGCCCUCCAGAUGUUUUGGGACUACAACUCCCAUCAGCCCUAGCUAACAGGACCAGUGGUCAGGGAUGAUGGGAGUUGUAGUCCCAAAACAGCUGGAGGGCCGAGUUUGCCUAUGCCUGCUUUAGGACCAUGGAGGGGUUGCUUGCAGAGGACAGCUUUCCCCAGCGACCCUAGUGUUUAUAUUGCAUGUCCAAGGCCAGCUUCGCUGACCCUGCUGCUGCUAAGUGUUGACCCAAGUAUACAAGCAGGAUCCUGGCAGGAUCAAAUCUGCAAGCUGGAUCUGAGGGCUUGAACUAGGCAGGGUGAAAUGUGCAAGCAUUGUCACACAGGACUCUCAACGAUAGCCCCCAACUCCUAUAAAAUAUAUCCGAUUUUGCUUCCCCAUGUUGUGGACACCAUCACUUGGGAAAGAAGCUUUUAAGAAGACCCUUUCCUGUGGUUAACGUGUGCUCUUGAGCAUUCAACCAGAGAACAGUCGUACAAGUUGAAUCCUAUGUCUUGCAGUCCCUAUGUCUCUAUCAGAAGGGGGCAAUUCCUUGUGUUAUGGCAAGCAGCAGCUGGCACAGUGGGUAGGGGGCAUGGAGCUGCCCUGCUGGCCGUGGUGCCGCUGCUGCUUACCUAGACAAGGUGGAGGCAAGCUUGGGACUGUGCAACCACACUGGUGGAAGCACCGCAUUGGUUACACUGGCUCAGCCCUUCCCCAUCCCAGUAGGCAACUCAGCUGUUGGGAGGUUGGUGUCAUGCUGGCCACAGCUAAUCACGGCUCUAGCAAACAAGCUGCAGGCAACUGUACAGGGGGAGGGGCCAUAGCUCGGUGGCAGAGCAGAUGCCUUUCAUGCAAACAAACCCAGGUUCAAAGCCUUGCAUCUCCCCAUAAGGCUGGAAAAGCCCCAUCAGGAAAUUUAGGGUGGUAUUCAAAGUUGCACCGAGCAGAUCAUUCUGUCAGCGCAAGCGUUUCUGCUUGCCAGACAGAACAAUCUCCCUUUUCUUCCCUCUGCGUGCUCUCCCGGUCAUUCUCCUGACCGUCCCAGGUAGAUUCUGGGAGGAGGAAAAUCCUGUUGCGCUAGCGGGACUCAUUGCACUGCCUUCCGCUAGCACAGCACCAUGUCACCUGUCACCACCAUGAGAUGCAGCGCUGGCAUGGAAGUCCAAGAUGGGGAGCAGGGGCAGACCAUGAGGUGCGUGUUGUCCCACAAAAUCAUUUGCGCCAGGAAACUCCACAUCACCGUUGUAGUGUAUGAACCUGUCCCCAGUUCCAUGCGACCAGCAGGCCCAUGUUUCACUGUCAAGCAUGGCAGCCGGAGUUUGCCAUCCAGUUAGUAUCGGCCCCAAGGCUGCAGCUGCUAUUUGAUUUAAGUCAUGAACGCAUCAGUGCGCCACCAGUCAGUGAGAUCUGCACUGUGUCCCGAGUUGUUUCUGCAUCAAAUGCGUAACCGUGCACACAUUCUCCAUGCAUCGUCUGCGCUGUGCUACGGACAAGGUUGUGAACCCGCUGUGAUAAACCAAAAUCCUGUAAUCUGAAUAAAUUAUGAAAACUUGCAAGU